AUGGAGCCAAAUCAGAAGAAGAAGUUCAUUUGCAAGUUCUGCAACAAGAGGUACCCAUGUGGGAAGUCAUUGGGAGGCCAUAUCAGGAUCCAUCAGAAUUCCAAUUAUUCGACCGAUGAUUUCGAUGAUGAAGCAGCUAAGCUCAACAUGAACAAUGCCAAGAAGGAUUCUUCAACUGAUGCUGCGGGUUACAUUCUUAGGGAGAACCCAAAAAAAACCAGAAAGUUUGAAACUGAUGUCAACAAUCCUGCAGCAGGCUUGUCACUCCAGGAUAAGAUUUGCAAAGAAUGUGGCAAAGGGUUUCAAUCCCUCAAGGCAUUGUGUGGUCACAUGGCUUGUCACUCGAGAAACUAUAACUACGAUGAUCAAUCCGACACAAGUGACAAGUUGAAGGAUUUUGUGAUGGAUGAUCAAUCUGAUACUGAGACUUCAGCUCCAAGCAAGAGAAGGAGAUCCAAGAGAAUGAUGAGGUACAAAAAUGUUGGUCUAUAUAAUUCUUCCUCUACUAAUACCUCCUCUCCUGUUGUUGCUGCUGCCCCUCCUUCUAGGAAUGACUCUGGUUCUUUCUCAUCUUUGGCCUCUGAUCUGGAGCAAGAGCAAGAAGAUGUAGCUAGGUGUUUGAUGAUGUUGUCAAAGGACUCUAGUUUGAAAGGCUGUUUGAGCUACGUUGGUGAUUCUUCUGACAACAAUUCUGUUGUUUUGGAGGCCAAGUCUUCUUGCCUUACCAAGAUGAGAAUGAGGGUGAAGAAUAAUAAUAAUAACAAUAACAGUUCGAGUUGCUACGAGGAAGAUGAUGAUGCGGGUGGUGAUGGUGACAACAGCUUUCUGGAGAUGAAAAUAGCUAGGAAGAAGAAGCAGCAUCAACAAAGGCAGGUAGUGAUUUCUUCUGAGAAUGAUGAUGCUGGUGGUGGUGGUGGUGAUGGUGGAUAUGAUUCUGCAAAUUCUGAUUCUGACUACUUCAAUUAUGGGCCUAAGAAGGUUGUUGAACCAGAGGUAGUUUCCUUCCAUGGUUCCACUGCAAGGUUUGCUAGAGUUGAGAUGAGAUCAGGGUUUGAGGAGAGCAAUAAUGAUGCAAAGAGAAAAGGCUCUACCAAAAUUGCUGCUGUUGCUUCUGGUGCAAUGGGAGCUCAACAACAAAGGAGAAGCAAUAUCCACUACAAGAGAGGCAGAGAUGAAAAUCUGUAUGAGAGUGGAGAGAACAACUUGGAGACUGAGAAUGUGGCCAGCAGCAAGAAGACGAUUAAGUCGAGCAAUGGUGGUGGUGGUGGUGGGAAGAACCCUCAAGGAAAGACCAGCAAGUUCUUAUCCUCAGCAGCAGCAGCAGCAGCCAAAAAGGUGAAAACCCAUGAGUGUCCAUUUUGCUCAAAGGUGUUUAGGUCAGGUCAAGCCUUGGGAGGGCACAAGAGGUCCCAUUUUGUUGGAGCAGCUGAUGAUGCAACAGUGGUUAUUAAGCAACAAGUUGGACUCAUUGAUCUCAACCUCCCAGCUCCUGUGGAAGAAGAACAACACCAUCAUCAACAACAAGCUCAAAAUGGGUUUGUGACCUGGUAA